CCGACCGCCCGGCCGAGCGCUCCGCGCCCGCGCGUCCCUCGUUCAUUCGUCCGGCUGGGCGGGGAGCGGGGCCGUGGGGAGGAGGAGGGGCGGGGACUCCUCAGAGGAGGCGGCCUGGCUCUCGUUCAUUACGCAAUUGGCAAUACGAGAGCGGAGUGCGGACACGAGAGCGGUGGGCGAGGGCGGGCGGCGAGGCGAAGGAGACCUCGAGAGGUGGCAGAAAAACCUUCAUUUGAGCUGCGAUCAGAGCAGGAGUGUCGGGGAGGGGCACUCGAAUUCGAGAGAUCUUCAUCGAUCUAGCGCGAUGUAACGUUUGUGCUUUCGCUCGCCGCCUCCGUGCGAGCUUCUCUCCUUUCUUUACGAUUACUUAAGCCCGCGGUGUCGUGUAGACCAGAUUGGGUGUUUUUCUUUCCUUGCUCGGGGAAUCAAUCCUUCACAGCACCCUCCUGCUCUUUGUGAAUCUAGUGAGUAGCGCUCAAAUAUCCAAUCUAAUCUGCCACCUCCCGAAGCUGUCUCGUUCCGAUCACGCUUCUCUGCUCUCGUCUGCGAGAAAGGAUCUUGUUUCUCCCUCAAGGGUGCGGCGUAAUUGCCAAGUCUCGAAGUCUAGGAAUCGGGGAUAUGAGAGAGACUACAGGUGGGAUGGACAUCCCGGUGCCGAGGAAGGGGAAGGCGAUGGUUCACCAGAUGAAGCCCUAUCUGGAGCCUCUUAAGGCUGCAGGCCAUGGUUACAUUGAUCCGGAGGAGUACGAUUUUUCGGAUGUGUUUGGAGCCGUUCCUUCACAAACAAAUCUUGUACCCGUAGUCGAGGGAGAGGAGGACGACGGGAAGUGGCCUAGUCCAGUCGUGCAGACCGUGGAUAAUAUGCUGAUGAUCACCAAUCGCUCCCACUCUAUGGUCGGCCCGCUGGUCUCUCCUGCCUUCUCCCUUCAGUUUUCUUUACAGUCAUCCGACGAUGUGGAUUGUGUUACUUCCAACAAAGUGGCGGACAUUUCCUCUUAUUGGCCAAAGAAAGAUGGUCUGUCCGCGAAAGAUCUUGACCAGCUUGCCAGCAAAGCGGGAGAACUGAGUCUUAGCGAUUCCGGCGAUAGCGGUAGUGAGAGAGGUGCAGAGGAGCAGGAAGAUGAUGGUAAGGGACAGGGACAGAUUCAGGCGCCAAGAUUGGGACCUCAGGAUUUUGAAUUGCUGAGGGUCGUGGGUAAAGGGGCUUUUGGGAAAGUUUACCAGGUACGGAAGAAAGGAACGGAAGAAAUAUACGCCAUGAAGGUUAUGAAGAAGCAUGUUAUUGUGGAGAAAAACCAUUGUGACUACAUGAAAGCGGAAAGGGACAUCCUAGUGAAAGUUAUCCAUCCUUUUAUCGUGCAGCUGCAGUACUCGUUCCAGACCAAGUCCAAGCUCUAUUUGCUCUUGGACUUCAUCAAUGGCGGUCAUUUGUUCUUCCAGCUUUACAGACACGGAACUUUCAAUGAGCAACUUGCGAGGAUCUUGGCUGCCGAAAUCGUCUGUGCCGUUUCCCAUCUACACGAGAAAGGGAUCAUUCACCGGGAUCUCAAACCCGAGAAUAUUCUUAUUGACUUGGAAGGACAUGUGAAACUUACGGAUUUUGGGUUGGCGAAAGAAAUAGAUGAUUCGAAGAAGUCCAAUUCGCUUUGCGGCACCGUGGAAUACAUGUCACCUGAAAUUAUAGAGGGGAAAGGUCACGGGAAAGCAGCUGAUUGGUGGAGUGUAGGAGUCUUACUUUACGAGAUGCUUACUGGACGGCCUCCCUUCCUUCACGAAAAAGGAGGAAACAGGUACAAACUACAGCAGAAGAUAAUCAAAGAUAAGGUCAAGCUGCCGACUUAUUUGACAAGCGAAGCAAACAAUCUAUUGAAAGGGUUGUUACAAAAGGAUCCUAGCAAGCGCCUUGGAAGUGGUAUUAAAGGAGCAGACGAGAUAAAGCAGCACAAGUGGUUCAAGACCAUCUGUUGGAGGAAGUGUUACAAUCGUCAGUUGAAGCCAGAGUUCAAGCCGACGGUUAAUGGCAAGUUAUGUACUGCGAAUUUUGACGAGAUGUGGACGGGUUUGCCACUUGCGGAUUCUCCUGCCUCUACUCCGAAAGGAGCAGCAGAUAUCGACCAUUUUCAGGGAUACACCUAUGUUGCACCCAACCCGUACCUCAUGGAUACCUGAAAAACAUCCCUCACCUGGUUGUGUUUAGUUUUACGGUUGUGUAUUGUGAAAGUAUUGGUUUGUUAUCUUUUACCCUUGACUGAAAAAGGGGACCCAUCUCUGGAGUAAUGUCACGUGAUCGGGGCAAACACCUUUUGCCAUGGAAGUUAAUCCUGGUUUCGGAUCUGUACACAAAGAGCCUCUGACUUUAGCUUUGCCCCUUCGUUUAUACCCAUUUUUAGUUCAGUUUACAGCUUACUCCCCCACGACCUUACGGGCCAUCACUCUGGGGACGCCUUACUUUUUUUAUUUGCCGAAAUUUUUAUUCUUUGAAUCAGCUGAGCUUGCAACCUCCUUUGCCUGGUUCCUGUGGUGGAUCUUUCAAUGUUACGGAAACCGAAGAUCCAUCAGUUAAAGGUCGAUACUGUCUGUCGAUACUAUCUGUCGAUACUAUUCACUGUAGGUUGUUCUAGACCAAAUUCAUGGAUCCCCUGGCAGUAUACAUGGACCACAUUCACUCCUAGGUGCGAACCGUGACAGGGAUCUGUGAGGUAGCCGGUUUACUGUACCAAUCAGGUUAGAAACUUUUAGAGCCAUAUACCUGCUAGUGCCCUUUCCAAAAUGUAGGGCAGCUAGUGUUUAGCUGUACAUGUAUUCGUGCACCGUGUUUUAGAUCAGUUUGGCGCUCACUGUAGUACGGUGAGCAAAUUUGUUCAAUAAAGGAGACAUCGAAGAUGGAGUAGUCUAUAUACAUACGUUGCAAAAGGUAGUGUGACGCAGUUUGGCGUCUUUUAUGGAGAAGCGUAGCUUCUCUAUUUGUUUAAUAAAUAUGUUGGAAUUAUAUCUGCUUCAGUUCCG